ACACGACCUCAACCCUCCAACUUGCGAAAAUGCUAUCUAGAGGUAACUGUGUUGGUUCUGUUUACCAAUUUGCAUUGGCAGGUGACGUCCUGGGAAUACAGUCUAUUCUGGAAAAUGAGAGUGCCUCUAAUGAGGAACGAUCCAAUUUGUUAUGGGAAGAGGAUGACAUCGGCAGAAAUGCCUUGUUUGCUGCGAGUAUGCUGGGACGAAGCAAUGUCGUUCGUGAACUUGUAAAACACGGUGCUGAUGUGAAUACAUGGACCGUCAGGGGUUAUUCUCCAUUGCACUACUCUGCCCUUUGGGGUCAACUCGAUACCCUAAAAACUUUGGUGGAACUUGGUGCCGACAUUCAAGCUAUAAACUUCCGUGGGGAACGGGCAAAGGAGGUUGCAUCUCGCUAUUCAAAAACGGAUUGUGCUGACUAUCUUUCCUGGGCUGAGGCCAAGCAGAGGUUGCAGUCAUAUGUUACAAUGGUUCGAGAAACCCUAGCAGAUCCAGAGAGAAUUCAAGGGAAACUGAACAAGGAGGAUAAGAAUAUCUGUAAUAACACAUGCACAGCAAAGUCAGAUUGGAUCCUGAAUUCCAAAAACCCGACGACUCAAGACUUCUAUGAACAGAGAAAACAUAUCGAAGAUGUCCUUUCUCCCAUCUUGGCCAAGUUAACGCCUCAAGCUGAUGCAACUUCCAAAGUGAAUAAGCAGUAAUGAAAAUGUGGAUAAUUAAAGGUUGAUUUUCACAAAGUAUUCUGCUAUAAACUUGAACCUUCCUCACAAAAGUAUUUCAAAUUUUAACCAGUAGGUGUCUCAGGGGUGUCGUGUUUUUGAAAGAAAUGCCCAGUGAGCCUGAUGGAUUUCUGAUAUUGGCCUAUUAUUUUAAUUCUUAAUAUGCUCCUUUAAAAUAUUUGUUUAAAAUAUUGUUUUUAAGGUUUGGUUGAGGGUAAGGUAUAGAUUAAAUGUUGUUUUCUACUACAUGGUUGGUGUUAGCUAGCUACCUACAUAAGCUGAUUUUCCUGA